CGUGGCAUCAUCAGCCGUCGUCGACAAAGCAAUCGCCACUUGAUCCGACGCAACCCCCUCGGCAAAGUCAGUAACACCAAGCACCCUCUUCCCCUGCUCUUCAUCUCCGGAAUAGGCUCGCAACAUCAUCCCAUCAGCUUGCUGUGGGAGAGAGAGCAGUAGAGAGAGGAGACGGAGGGAGGAGAAGGCUUUGGAUUUUAGAGCGUAUAACCACAACCCAUUCCCCUGCUCUGCCUCCCUACUCCUCUAUCGGUCACUCACACCUCUCAAAAUCCCAGCUUUGGAAUCAUCGGACGGGGAAGAGAAAGAAGGGAGGAGGUGGAACGAGGGAGGGAGCCCCACAGACAAGGUGGAUGAUCAGGAAGGCGCUUUUGUUUCCAUGUGCAGUGUGUCAUCAGCUGCUAUAGAACAGACAUCAAUCGCUCUGCAGCCUGUUGCCGUUUGUUAGUUCUCCUCCUCGCUUUUAAUCCUAUUCAUACCCUUGAUGGUGAAAUGCCCGUAGCGGAAAUCUUCGCCUCGGCCCGCUACCAUUCGAGAUCUCUCAUCGAUAUCCGACCCUUGGCAGGGCUAUGGUUUCCUUUUCCAUCAUCAGCUCGUUCGGCGACCUCCCUUUUCCCGAGCGGGUCGCGGCCGCCACCCAUGCAUCGUUGCUUCUCUUCUUCCUGUUCUUUGCCUCCGCACGGCGAGUUUUCGCCUGCGCCAUCCGCCGGGUUCCGGCUCUCAAGGAUGAUGGCCGGAGCCCUCUCCCCGUUCGCCGCGAUCCUGGUUGCGAUCGGCUUGUAGAAGUCGGUUAUUGGUUCAAGUUCACAACUUUCUGCUGCUUCUUUGUUUUCUUCCUUCAAGCGGUGGUCUUGGGGUAUGAAACCGUGAACUUGGUUACAGGAGUGGUCGAAUCCAGAGAUUUUACGCUUCUUUACCUGCCUUCCGUGCAAGCAUCCGCGUGGCUUGUCUUGGGCUUAUCGGUAUUUCAUUGUAAAUUGAAGGCAUUGGUUAAAUUUCCAUGCUUGAUUAGGGUAUGGUGGUUUAUUUCAUUCAUCUUCUCUCUCUACAUUGGCUACCUUGAUACCAAGGGAUUGAUAACCAAGUCGAUCAGCCUAAAUUCACAUACGCUUUCAAAUUAUGCUGCGUUGCCUGCCCUUGCUUUCCUUUUCCUUGCCUCAGUUCGAGGUAUCACAUCUAUAGAACUUUAUAGGGAACAUGGAGACCUCAGGGAACCAUUGCUUGCUGGAGAAGACGAAGAUGGAUGUCUUAGAGUCACCCCCUACAGCGAGGCAGGUCUGUUUAGCCUUGCAACUUUGUCGUGGCUUGAUCCGCUCUUGUCAGUGGGUGCAAAAAGGCCCUUAGAGCUGCGGGACAUACCUUUGCUAGCCACAAAAGAUCGUUCGAAGACUUGUUACAAGAUAGUGAAUUUAAAUUGGGAGAGGUUGAAAGCUGAGGACCCUGAGAAUCAGCCAUCACUGGCAAUGGCUAUUUGCCGGUCAUUUUGGAAAGAAGCUGCUUUGAAUGCAGUCUUUGCCGGGUUGAACACCUUAGUUUCUUAUGUGGGUCCAUAUUUGAUUAGUUAUUUUGUUGAUUACUUGAGUGGCAACAUAGCAUUUCCUCAUGAGGGUUACAUUUUGGCCUCAAUAUUUUUCACUGCUAAGUUGAUAGAGACACUUUCUACUCGGCAAUGGUAUUUAGGAGUAGACAUAUUGGGCAUGCAUGUUAAAUCAGCCUUAACAGCAAUGGUGUACAGAAAAGGGCUUAGGCUAUCAAGUACAGCUCGACAAAGUCAUACAAGUGGUGAGAUAGUAAACUACAUGGCAGUCGACGUGCAGAGAGUCGGUGAUUAUUCAUGGUAUCUCCAUGAUAUAUGGAUGCUUCCACUACAAAUAGUACUUGCUUUGGCAAUCUUGUAUAAAAAUGUGGGCAUUGCAACAAUUGCAACACUGGUAGCUACCAUUAUCUCCAUCAUUGUCACAAUUCCGCUGGCCAAGGUGCAAGAGGAGUAUCAGGAUAAUUUAAUGUCUGCCAAGGAUGAAAGAAUGAGGAAGACCUCUGAAUGUUUGAGGAACAUGAGAAUUUUGAAGCUGCAGGCUUGGGAAGAUCGGUACCGCUUGAUAUUAGAGGAGAUGAGAAAUGUCGAGUUCAAGUGGCUUCAGAGAGCUCUAUAUGCACAGUCUGUUAUAACCUUUAUUUUCUGGGGAUCUCCGAUAUUUGUGUCAGUUGCAACCUUUGCUACUUCUAUAUUGCUGGGUGGUCAGCUUACAGCUGGUGGUGUGCUUUCAGCUUUAGCCACUUUCAGGAUUCUUCAAGAGCCUCUUAGGAAUUUUCCAGACUUGAUAUCCAUGAUUGCUCAGACAAAGGUUUCUCUGGACCGGAUAUCUGGUUUCUUACAGGAGGAAGAGCUACAAGAAGAUGCCACCAUUGUUGUUCCUCGGGGCCUUACGAGCAAUUCUAUUGAAAUUAAUGAUGGAGAAUUUUGCUGGGACCCUUCCUCUGCAAUACCUACACUCUCUGGGAUACAGCUUAAAGUUGAAAGAGGCAUGCGUGUAGCAGUCUGUGGUAUAGUUGGCUCUGGUAAAUCUAGUUUUCUAUCUUGCAUACUGGGCGAAAUACCAAAAACUUCUGGGGAAGUUAGUAUAAGUGGGUCUGCGGCUUAUGUCCCUCAGUCAGCUUGGAUUCAGUCUGGAAAUAUAGAGGAGAACAUUCUGUUUGGUAGCCCAAUGGAUAAGCCAAGGUACAAAAGUGUUCUUCAUGCUUGUUGUCUGAAGAAAGAUUUGGAAUUGUUAUUGCAUGGAGAUCAAACCAUCAUUGGUGAUAGAGGUAUUAACCUGAGUGGUGGCCAGAAACAAAGGGUGCAGCUUGCUAGGGCACUUUAUCAAGAUGCUGAUAUUUAUUUGCUUGAUGAUCCUUUCAGUGCACUUGAUGCUCACACAGGAAGCGAACUAUUUAAGGAAUACAUAAUAACGGCAUUAGCUGGAAAGACUGUAAUCUAUGUCACUCAUCAAGUUGAGUUUCUACCAGCUGCCGACAAAAUACUGGUCCUGAAAGAUGGCCAUAUUAUACAGGCUGGAAAAUAUGAAGAUCUUUUGCAAGCUGGAACUGACUUCAAUGCAUUAGUUUCAGCUCACCAUGAAGCAAUUGAAACAAUGGAUAUUUUGGAAGAUUCUAGCAUAACUAUUCAUUCUGGUGCUCCUCCUGUAUUUGGUAAAAGGUUAACAUCAAGUCCAAGCAGCACAGAUAAAAUGAAAAGUGAAACACCAGAAAAUGAACCACCAUCUGAAGAAAAAGCAAUAAAAGAGAAAAAGAAAGUGAAACGAAUAAGGAAGAAACAGCUGGCUCAAGAAGAGGAGCGUGAGAGAGGAAGAGUUAGCUUGAAAGUGUACUUAUCAUAUAUGGCUGCAGCAUACAAGGGAACAUUAAUACCAUUGAUUAUACUUGCUCAGAUUACAUUUCAGGUGCUCCAAAUAGCCAGCAACUGGUGGAUGGCAUGGGCAAAUCCUCAAACUAGAGGUGACAGCCCGAAGACAAGUAGCAUUGUUCUCUUAGUUGUUUAUAUGACCCUUGCUUUUGGGAGUUCACUGUUUGUUUUUAUCAGAGCUGUUCUUGUAGCUACUUUUGGCCUAGCAGCUGCACAAAAGUUGUUUCUAAGAAUGCUUAGAACUGUCUUUCGAGCACCAAUGUCAUUUUUUGAUUCUACUCCAGCUGGGCGGAUACUGAAUCGAGUUUCUGUGGAUCAAAGUGUUGUGGAUCUUGAUAUACCUUUCAGACUCGGUGGUUUUGCUUCAACAACAAUACAACUUCUUGGUAUAGUUGGUGUAAUGACCAAAGUUACAUGGCAAGUUUUGCUUCUGUUUCUCCCCAUGGCGAUGGCUUGCUUAUGGAUGCAGAAAUAUUACAUGGCUUCAUCGAGGGAACUAGUCCGGAUUGUCAGUAUACAAAAAUCCCCAGUAAUCCAUCUAUUUGGGGAAUCAAUUGCUGGAGCUGCUACUAUUAGAGGUUUCCGUCAAGAGAAACGUUUUAUGAAGAGGAACCUAUACCUGCUUGAUUGCUUUACCCGUCCAUUCUUCUGCAGUAUUGCCGCAAUUGAAUGGCUUUGCUUGCGGAUGGAAUUGCUCUCGACUUUUGCAUUUGCUGUCUGCAUGGCUCUCCUUGUUAGCUUCCCACACGGUUCUAUUGAUCCUAGUAUGGCGGGUCUAGCUGUAACAUAUGGCUUAAAUCUAAAUGCUCGUUUAUCACGGUGGAUAUUGAGCUUUUGUAAGCUCGAGAAUAAAAUUAUUUCUAUUGAGCGCAUACAUCAGUAUUGCCAAAUCCCAAGUGAAGCACCAGCUGUUGUUGAGGAUUGUCGCCCUACUUCUUGGUGGCCAGAGACUGGAAAAAUUGAACUGGUUGAUCUUAAGGUCCGUUAUAAAGACACAUUACCUCUGGUCCUACAUGGUGUAACCUGCACAUUUCCUGGUGGGAAAAAGGUUGGCAUUGUUGGGCGCACUGGGAGCGGUAAAUCCACUCUUAUACAGGCACUGUUCCGUUUAAUUGAACCUGCAGAAGGGAAAAUUAUCAUUGACAACAUAGACAUUUCUACCAUUGGUCUCCAUGACCUUCGUUCUCGGCUUAGCAUCAUUCCUCAAGAUCCCACUUUGUUUGAGGGUACAAUAAGGGGUAAUCUUGAUCCUCUCGAAGAGCAUUCUGAUCAUGAAAUCUGGCAGGCACUUGAAAAGUGUCAACUUGGAGAGGUGAUCCGCCAUAAGCCCCAAAAGCUUGAUGCUCCAGUUUUGGAGAAUGGAGACAACUGGAGUGUUGGACAGCGACAACUUGUUUCACUGGGCAGGGCAUUGCUGAAGCAGGCACGAAUAUUGGUGCUUGAUGAGGCAACAGCCUCAGUUGACACAGCUACAGAUAACCUUAUCCAGAAGAUCAUUCGAAGAGAAUUUAAGGAUUGUACAGUCUGCACCAUUGCACACCGUAUCCCUACUGUUAUUGACAGUGAUCUGGUUUUGGUCCUUAGCGACGGUAGAGUUGCCGAGUUUGACAGUCCACACCAGUUGUUGGAAGACAAAUCAUCCAUGUUUCUUAGGCUGGUUUCUGAGUACUCUACAAGAUCUAGCAGUGUGCAAGAUGCUUGAGUACAUAUGAACAGUGGACCAAAGGUAGGAAAAGGCUAGGUGGCAUGUUCUGACUGGUGACCCUGUUCCACUGCAUCAGUGUAGAUGAACAUCACAGGUAGUUUCCUAACCAACACAACAGGAAAAUGGUGGAAUAAUAUCGGCAGCCCCGAUACAGAUCUCCUCGAAUUGUGAACUCAGAGUUGGAAUACAUCCUGUAUAAAUAUGCGUUAAUGCAAAAUAAUGGAGAUCAAAAUAUCAGCCACAAUUUUCUGUUGAGGUAGAACAAUAAGGCAUUUUUGAAAUCAUGUUUGGACUAUUUUCUCAUUUUCCUUUCAUAUAAGGAUAGAAUCUGUAAUGUCAACUCCUUCGUGUACAAUCAAAUCGAGAACAAUCAAAAUGAAGGAAUAAUUGUUCUCGGCCGAUGAUGUUGCCUGCUGUACUUUUAAGCUUACAGGCCAUCUUUAGUGAACAUGCUCCACUAAUCCACUGAAAGGAUUGUAUUCCAUAAGAUAAUUCAGCCUUCAACUCUAUUAUUGUGAUAUUGUGGUUGUC